GGUGUCUUCUUACAUACCCAUAAGCGGAGGAGUGAGAGGUGCAUGAAAUGGGGAAAAAUGGCGGAUCAUGUGCAGGGCCUUGCCCAGCUGGAGAUCCUGUGUAAGCAGCUGUAUGAGACCACCGACACCACCGUGCGACACCAGGCAGAGAAAGCUCUGGUGGAGUUCACCAACAGCCCUGACUGUCUCAGUAAAUGUCAGCUGCUACUGGAGAGAGGCAGCUCUUCAUAUUCUCAGCUGCUCGCCGCCACUUGUUUAUCUAAACUGGUGUCUCGGACCAGCAACCCCCUACCCCUUGAGCAACGCAUUGACAUUCGGAACUACGUUCUGAAUUACCUGGCAACGCGGCCGAAGUUAGCCGCCUUUGUGACCCAGGCUUUGAUCCAGCUGUACGCCCGGAUCACCAAACUGGGCUGGUUUGACUGUCAGAAAGAUGACUACGUCUUCAGAAACGUCAUCGCUGAUGUGACACGAUUCCUUCAGGACAGCGUGGAGCACUGCAUCAUAGGCGUCACCAUUCUAUCCCAGCUGACAAAUGAGAUAAAUCAGGCCGACACGACGCAUCCGCUGACCAAACAUAGGAAGAUAGCUUCAUCGUUCAGAGACUCAUCGCUAUUCGACAUCUUCACACUUUCCUGCAACCUCCUCAAACAGGCCUCAGGGAAGAACCUGAACCUGAACGAUGAGUCCCAGCACGGCCUACUGAUGCAGCUCCUCAAGCUCAGCUACAAUUGCCUCAACUUUGACUUUAUAGGAACUUCCACAGAUGAGUCAUCAGAUGACCUUUGCACUGUACAGAUUCCAACAUCAUGGAGAUCAGCGUUUCUCGAUUCCUCCACCCUGCAGCUGUUUUUCAAUUUAUAUCAUUCCCUCCCUCCAUCCCUUUCCCCGCUGGUGCUGUCAUGUUUAGUUCAGAUAGCCUCUGUCCGGAGAUCUCUCUUCAACAACGCGGAGCGAGCAAAGUUUCUCUCACAUUUGGUGGAUGGCGUGAAGAGGAUAUUGGCGAACCCGCAGUGUUUGCCGGAUCCCAACAACUACCAUGAGUUCUGCCGUCUGCUGGCGAGGCUCAAAAGUAACUACCAGCUGGGGGAGCUGGUCAAAGUGGAGAACUACCCCGAGGUGAUCCGUCUCAUAGCCAACUUCACCGUAACCAGCCUGCAGCACUGGGAGUUUGCCCCCAACAGUGUCCACUACCUGCUGAGUCUGUGGCAGCGCCUGGCAGCGUCUGUCCCCUACGUCAAAGCCACCGAGCCCCACCUGCUGGAGACCUACACCCCAGAGGUGACCAAGGCCUACAUCACGUCGCGGCUAGAGUCAGUCCAUGUCAUCCUCAGAGACGGCUUAGAAGACCCCCUGGAUGAUGCCGGUCUGGUCCAGCAGCAGUUAGACCAGCUGUCCACCAUCGGCAGGUGCGAAUACGAGAAGACCUGCGCCCUGCUGGUGCAACUGUUCGACCAGGCGGCUCAGACCUACCAGGAGCUCCUGCAGUCCACCAACUCCAGCGCCGCAGACGUCACGGUGCAGGAGGGUCGCCUGACGUGGUUGGUGUAUAUAAUUGGUGCGGUGAUCGGUGGACGGGUAUCGUUUGCGAGUACAGACGAGCAGGACGCCAUGGACGGAGAGUUGGUCUGCAGGGUUCUGCAACUGAUGAACCUGACGGACUCUCGGCUCGCUCAGGCAGGCAAUGAGAGGCUGGAGCUGGCCAUGCUCAGCUUCUUUGAACAGUUCAGAAAGAUCUACAUUGGCGAUCAGGUGCAGAAGUCUUCAAAGCUUUAUCGACGAUUAUCAGAGGUUCUGGGGUUGAACGACGAGACGAUGGUACUGAGUGUCUUUAUAGGGAAAAUCAUUACUAACUUGAAGUACUGGGGCCAGUGUGAACCAAUCACCUCCAAAACACUCCAGCUGCUCAAUGACCUCUCCUUAGGAUACAGCAGUGUGAGGAAGCUGGUGAAACUCAGCGCAGUCCAGUUCAUGCUGAACAACCACACGAGCGAGCACUUCUCCUUCCUGGGUAUAAACAACCAGUCUAACCUCAGCGACAUGAGGUGUCGGACCACCUUCUACACGGCACUGGGACGCUUGCUGAUGGUCGACCUGGGUGAGGACGAGGACCAGUUUGAACAGUUCAUGUUACCUCUGACGGCAGCAUUUGAAGCUGUGGCCCAGAUGCUGAGUACGAACACAUUCAACGAGCAGGAAGCCAAGAGGACUUUGGUGGGUCUAGUCCGAGACCUCCGAGGCAUCGCGUUCGCCUUCAACGCCAAGACCAGUUUCAUGAUGCUGUUUGACUGGAUAUAUCCGACAUAUAUGCCCAUCCUUCAGCGGGCCAUCGAGCUGUGGUACCACGACCCGGCUUGUACCACACCCGUCCUCAAACUCAUGGCGGAGCUCGUUCACAACAGGUCACAGAGGCUUCAGUUUGACGUGUCGUCACCGAAUGGAAUCCUGCUGUUCAGAGAAACCAGCAAGAUGAUCACCACAUAUGGGAAUCGGAUCCUGACGCUGGGAGAGGUCCCGAAGGAGCAGGUGUACGGCGUGAAGCUGAAGGGCGUCAGCGUAUGUUUCGCCAUGCUGAAGGCGGUGCUCAGCGGAAACUACGUCAACUUCGGGGUCUUCCGUCUCUAUGGCGAUGACGCUCUGGACAAUGCCUUGCAAACCUUUAUCAAACUACUGCUCUCCAUCCCACACAGUGACCUACUAGACUAUCCGAAGCUCAGCCAGUCCUUUUACUCUCUGCUGGAGGUGCUGACUCAGGACCACAUGAACUUCAUCGCCAGUUUAGAGCCGCACGUCGUCAUGUACAUCCUGUCGUCGAUAUCAGAAGGCCUCACUGCACUUGAUACGAUGGUGUGCACCGGCUGCUGCUCCAGUUUGGACCACAUAGUCACCUACCUGUUCAAGCAGCUAUCGCGCUCCACCAAAAAGAGGCCUGCUCCCAUGGCAACAGACGACCGCUUCCUGCACAUCAUGCAGCAGCACCCAGAGAUGAUCCAGCAGAUGCUGUCCACUGUGUUGAACAUCAUCAUCUUCGAGGACUGCAGGAACCAGUGGUCAAUGUCCCGGCCACUGCUAGGCCUCAUCUUACUCAAUGAGAAGUAUUUCGCUGACCUGAGGAACAGUAUCGUCAGCAGUCAGCCUCCUGAGAAGCAGCAAGCCAUGCACUUAUGUUUUGAGAACUUGAUGGAGGGAAUAGAGAGAAACCUUCUGACGAAGAAUCGGGACAGGUUCACACAGAAUCUGUCCGUGUUCAGGAGGGAAGUCAAUGACAGCAUGAAGAACUCGACGUACGGCGUCAACAGCAACGACAUGAUGAGCUGACAUUCCACACGGCAGAGUCUCACCCAGCCGCAGAGCGGGCUCACCCCUCCCCUCACCCACCUGCCACUGCUCCACAGGCUCCCCUCCCCCUACAUCCUCCACCCCCCUCCUCCCCCACCUCCCUCCCUGGGCCGGGAUGCCUAAGGGAUCAUCUCCUCACCCCGACACCACAUUGGCUAAACUUUCCCACCUUCUUUUUGAUAUAAGCAUAUAUACAUAUAUACAGAUCUAUUUUAAAGCCAGCCUGCGUUGGUCUGACUGGUCUGGCUGUUGUAAGGGGGGGGGGGUGCAUGUCUCAGCACGUCUUGGCACUCUAAAAUCACUGACAGAGGAAGGCAAGCGUGCUGCGGCUGGAAACGGAGGAACGGGGAGCAAGGGAGGAAUACCCGUAACCGUAGUAAUCCGCUUCUGCCUGCCUUGUAUAGAAAACACACAAAACCAAGUGUACAUUUUUUUUUUCGUAACAUUUUGAACAAUGUUUAUAAUGAUCGACUUUAAACCAGAUGAGUUGAGGAUUGAAACAAAAACCCACGUGUGAUUGAGCUUUUUACAGUGUAGUGAGUUAGUGAAAACUGUCCGUCUGCGUGGGAUGAAGAGGAAGAGGAGGGGUGAGUCACGGAGGAAGUCGUAGGGUGAGGAACCAGAGGUUCACACACUAACAGAAAGGGAGUCAGAGCACCCAUGCUGUACAUUUUUCUCAGUCUCUGCUUGAAGUGAUGUAAAUAGUCUUAAAGGAACAUUCUGCUGUUUUUCCCCCCAAACUUCUCAGUGUGGGUCAAAAAGUUGAAAUAAACAAGACUACUUGAAGGUUCUGUGCAAAAAGAAAGAAUUAGAGAAAUGACCUGCUGGAUUUCCUCCUGCUUGGAUUUGCUGCUCAUUGUUUCUUUUUUUAUGUUUGGAACGUGACACUAACUGAACAUUUUUGGCUUUUCCACCAAUUCCCAAAACAACUGAGUCUCUGUCUUUCUCCAGAGGUUUCAGUCAAGCUAGCUUUGAUGUUUCUGCAUCAUGUUGGUUUUCAUCCAGAAUGGCCAUAUGAACAAUCUGAGCUCCAUUUCUCUUUAUCUGAUUGGACAACAGGGCAGUCCUAUAGGUUUUAUUCCUGCAACAGAGACCAAACAUGUAAAUUAACUGGAUCAUUUUUGUAAUCUAAAAACAAAACAAUAAAAGUUAAAGAAAUCCAGUGAAAGAUUUAACAUAGUGAUCACUGCUACCUUUCUCCCAGCCUUCCAGCAGUUUAUUACAGUACAGAAGCUGGAGAUGUACCAUUACUCUGCUUUUCAUAUAUUUUCAGCAGAAUGUAAAACAGUGUAGGCUGAGAACAUCAUGGACAGUCCACUAAGAGCUCCAGCUGAAGGAGUUAGAGAAUCAUUUCUGCAUCAUUCCUCACUGCUGCUUUGCCCUUCAGCACCAGUAAAACAUCUGCUCAGUUUCACUCUGCUCCCUUCAUGUUUCAGUUCUGGUGCCUGAGUGCAGUAGAGCUGGAGUCUGUGAAGGUUCAGUUGAUCAGAAACAUUCAUGAGAUAAAAAACAGCAGAAUCUUCCUUUAAAGCCUGACAGGGUCUGCAGGCGUCUCACACACGCCUGCUGCUCGAUGAAAUGUAAGGAACAUGGUUGCAGUUCCGUUUCCCCCUCUGGCAGGCUCGGUGCAGUAUCCAUCAUUUUGUUUACACUCUGGAUUUCUCGGACCCCCGUUGAGGUCCUGCAGUGAAGUCCGUUUGGUGUGUGCAUGUUGUGUGUGUGGAGUGGUGUGGUGUGGCUCUCUGUUGCCUGGUGUGUGUGUUGUCACUUGGUGAACCUGCGGUAGAGCCCAAACAGCCAAGGUGCAUGUAUGUAUGGGUGUGUGUAUGUGUGUGUGGCAGUGUUGAAGACAGACUCAGAUUAAUCACAAGGGGAAGCUAGCAUGGAGACAUCAAUCACUCUGAAGGAGCCCAGUUGAGCCUGAAGAACCUCAGUAGAAGUCAGGACGGUGUAAAGGAGUCUUUUAGCAACGUGUGUUACUCUGUACGAUGUUGCUGCUAACUGUUUGUGAGAACUAGCUCAUCUCUAACCAUAUGUCAGCACUCACAGAUGUUCCUAAGUUUGGUUUGUGUCCCUGAUGUGAAUGUGUUGGGUCCAUAGGGUGAAUAGCUGUUUGAGUUGUUUGGAUGUCUGCUACAUAUAGUGUCAGCAUUGUGACUGCAAAUAAACCUCAUUGAUUUUUACAA